AUGUCUCAUCGCCGAAUAUUGUCGGUAAAUGACAUAAUAUCGCAUCUUGAAGACAACGAUGACGUAUUGUCAGCAGAUAUUUACAUAACACCCCCAGAUAAUUACGACAAAAGUGAUGAAGACAGUGGAGAUGAGGAGUCUUCGAACAUAAAUCACCUGUCCAGGCAGCAGCUCUUAGCACAGGCUGAGUUUAGGGCUACUGUAUCUUCACAGUCUAAUUUAGAUAUUAUAGAAAGCGUAUCAAAUGAAGUUUCUAUAGAUAAUAAUACACACGGCGACUUAUCAGUACAACCACCGGCAAAGAAAAAAAAAUGUCCAGCUACCCGAAAGUGGAGGAAAGUAGAUAUUCCAGUGAAGACAGAGAAAACAUCAGAGCCACCACAUUUCUUAGAACACCUAGAUACUCCUGUUCACUUUUUUGAACUUUUUUUUGACGAAGACGUUUUUGAAUUGAUUCGCUCUGAAACCGAAAAAAAUGCUAUUCAAAAAGGUUACCACAAUUUCAAAGUUACAACUGAGGAAAUAAAACGAUUUAUAGGGAUUCUCUUGCUGUCUGGUUACAACAGUGUUGCUAGAUAUCGUAUGUACUGGGAGCAAAGUGUUGAUUGUAAUUUUCAAGGUGUGGCAGCUGCUAUGCCUAGGAACAGAUUUGAAGAACUAUUACGAUUCUUUCACGUCGCCGAUAAUAAUAACUUAGCUCCACAGGACAAGUUCGCGAAGGUUCGUCCUCUCUGGAAUCUACUCAAUAAGAGAUGGGUAAAAUAUUAUCCCGGUGACAGGAAUCUAAGCAUUGAUGAAUCCAUGAUUCCAUAUUUCGGGAAACAUGGGACGAAGCAACAUAUUCAUGGUAAACCCAUUCGGUUCGGUUAUAAGAAUUGGUCUAUAUGUACUCGUCUUGGAUAUUUGAUAUAUGGAGAGCUUUAUCAAGGGGCAAGCACAGGAAAUACCCACCCAGAACUUGGUGUAGGUGCUUCUGUUGUUUUAGACCUCAUAUCCAAAUUGCCGCCCGGUACUUACAGCUUUUAUAUGGACAACUAUUUUACAUCUUUACCCUUGUUGGAUGAAAUAAAAACAUUAGGACACGAUGCGACGGGAACGGUUAGGGCAAAUAGGGUAGAAAAGGCACCCUUGAAAGAAGCGAAAGAUAUGAAGAAAAUGAGCAGAGGGUCUUUUGACCAGUGUACAGAUACUCUGACGAACAUCACCCUCGUACGUUACAAUGACAACAAUAUUGUUACCGUUGCCUCAACCGAAUGUGGUGUGGAGCCUUUAGCUAAGGUAAAACGUUACUGUGACAAGCAGAAGAAAGACGUCGACCAACCUCGCUGCAUCGUCAACUAUAACAAAUAUAUGGGCGGUGUCGACCGUUUGGAUCAAAAUGUGGGAUGCUAUCGUAUUUCUAUACGCCUGAAGAGGUGGUACUGGCAGCUACUUAUGUUUCCUAUAAAUGUAUGUAUGAAUAAUGCUUUUCAGUUAUAUAAAUUAUCGCCAGCUUCACAAAACAAUCAGCAUGACUAUUUGUCAUUUACAAGACAUGUUGUAACAACAUAUCUUCAGACUUUUCCUGAAAAUUCUUCUUCAGUAAAGAAGCCUAUUCCAAGAUCAUCUCUAGCAGUCAUAAAACGAGUUCCAGUUGAUAUUAGGUUAGAUGGAAAGGCACACCAUAUUAUCAAAAGUGAUAAACAAAACCGUUGUGGUUUAUGUCAUAAAAACACGACAAUGAAAUGUGGCAAAUGCAACGUCGCCCUACACCAAAAGUGUUCUCCUGCGUUUCAUACGAAAUAA